AUGAAGAAGUCCAGUCUAGUCGAUCUCAAGCACAAAAUCAGCGCCAAUACCCUCGAGAGUGCGGACAAGGACACAAAGACCUAUCGAGACAUUCGACCAGAGGAUAAAGAAGCAUACGAUUCCCAAAAUGAGUUCCUCGCGGGCUCGCCGAGGAACUUGCAUGGCGUCCAAUGGGUGCUUGUAGUCAGCAGCUUGAUAUCCCUCUCAUUCAUGCUCGGCCUAGACACCACAAUCACGCCCGUCACCCAGGCAUCAUUCACGAACAGCUUUCAAAGCGUCAACCUGCUUGGCUUCAGCAGUGCGGCUUUCUUCCUCGGUGCCGCCACGACUGUUUUGACGUGGAGUCAAUUAUACGGAGUUUUCGAUGUCAAAUGGACGCUAGUCAUCUCAAUUAUCGUCUUCGAAGUUGGCAGCAUCAUCUCAGGCGCCGCACCGAACAUCAAUGCUCUCGUCACCGGACGAGCUUUCUCAGGCGUUGGCGGCAGUGGCAUGGCACUUGGGGUAUGGUCAAUGCUAUCUUUGACGACAACGGAACAGGAGGCACCGUUCUACAUGAGGCUCCCAAAUCUGGCGUGGGGCAUUGGUAUCAUUCUUGGUCCAAUCAUCGGAGGUGCCUUUGCACAAGGGAGUGCAACCUGGCGAUGGGGUUACUACAUUCAACUCUGCGUCGGCGCCAUGGUUGCCGGAUUGCUGGCGCUGCUGCUCCCAUCAAAGCGUUCGCAACCAAGGACGGGCUUUCGAGAUGGCAUUACCAGUAUUGAUCACAUCGGAACGCUGUUGAUGAUCUCUUCCCUCCUGUGUUUCGUCCUUGCGAUCAACUUUGGAGGGCUAAGCUAUGCCUGGAACUCCGGCUCAGUCAUCGCUCUCUUCGUGCUUGCAGGCCUUUCCAGUAUCACCUUUGUCCCGCAGCAAGUUUUCGGCUGUCUGACGCACAACACAAUUCUUCCCAUCGCGAUACUAAAGGAGGCGAAGAUCUGGACAAUGUUUCUGCUGCAAGCGUGCUCAGCCACGGCAUUCUUCGUGGCCUGUUACUUCAUUCCGCUACACUUUCAAUACGUAAAGGACGAAACUCCUCUGGAGGCUGGCGUACACCUACUCCCGCUCGUGAUUCCGACUUUUGCCGCUGCUAUGAUCAGCAAUCAGCUGACCAGGAGAAAUGCACUCCUCGAGCCCUGCCUACUGGUUGGAGGGUCACUGGUACUAAUUGGCAGCUCAUUGAUGUACGGCGUGGAUGCUUACACCGAGAGCUCGAAGAUCUACGGCUACAGUAUCCUCAUCGGCUCUGGUGCCGGACUAUUCGUCGACACUCCCCUACUUGCUUGUCAACAGCUCGUCAGUCCAGUCUUCGUGCCUUCUGCAAUGGCGCUGAUGGCCUUUGCUCGAAUUGCGGCGCCAGCGAUAGCACUCAGCAUUGGUUUCGCGGUGUUUUUGAACAAUGCGCAAGCCGAGAUACAGAGUAUGCUUCCCAACGACCGAUCUUACCAUGCAACAAGCAUGUUCGGAGGCGACGCCAGGCAGUAUCUUGGAGGGUUAGACGUCAGAACAAGACAUCAGAUCAUGCGUGCUAUCGCAGAUACCCUGGCCGAGCCAUACGCUCUGGUGAUUGCCAGCGGAGUUAUCGCUCUCACGUCGGCAGGCUUCCUCUUCUGGACAAGACUCAAUGUUCGUGCGAGGCAGUAA